UAGUUACGUGGACAUGUUGUGUUUUCUGUCUCUGUGUGAAAAUGAUUAGACUUUGUGCAUAUAUUUAUCUGUGUUGUUCAGUUGUUGUUCAGUUCUCACGGCAACUCCAUCAAGUUGUGUGAUUAAAGCCCAUGAUAUAGCCUCUUGAAGUGGAACCUUCUCAAUCUUUCUACUGCCGAUUUCCUUCACUUGACCUCUUCGGCAAAUAAAUUGUCGAAGGCCACGAAUACAUGAAUCGGUGUCCAGAGAAUAGGCCACCUGCAGGUGGAUGGCACGGCAGUUCAGGCACGUGAAUAGGAACCCGAUGCCUUUUUCAAUUCACCGCGUCCUCUUUUCACUUUGAUCGGCUCCAAGUAGUCCAUCCCCACAUGUGUGACAGGAGGCAGUUCUGGAGUGAUGCAUUCCAGGGGAAGGCCAGACAUUAUCUGCUUUUUUUUUUUUUUGUUAAUUAAGUUUAUUGUCCGCCUGAGGAGGGGAAACUUAUCUUACAGCAGAAUGGCGCCGAGCCCGAAACCGCCUGUACCCACUAUCGGGGAGCGUCACGGUCAACGCGACUCCGGACCUUCGCAGGAACCUGGUCCGAUCGAGGCUGCUUGCACAGAUAGUUUCCAAAGCAUUGUCCUACUUGCUGCUAAGGAGAUGGACAAGAGAAUUGAGGACAUGUUCAAGCGCGGCAAACAAGAUGACAGCCAACCAUUUUUUGGACCCAUGUGUCAGCUGGAGAGUGGCAUCAGGCCUAAGAUCGAGGCUGAAGUCAGACGUCUGAUCCACUUCCAAAAAAAGGAUAGACUCGCCUCUUCGGUGUCGGCCAUUUUGCUUCACACAGAUGGUUUUCUGCAGGAUAUUCGACAGUACAUAAAGUCUGUUGUUGAAGGUCUUCUCCAAGUUGAGCAGAAGAAGCAGGAGGCACAUCAGGCCUACUUGGGAAAGAAAGAGGAACUCCUUCAGCUCUUUCAGCGGAGAGAAUAUAAGCAGGCUUUGGAGACGGCCCUGUCGAGCGUUGACCACCGAUUGCUCGCUGCUGUGUGCUGGGCGGCAAGCGAGCUGGAUUUUGAGAAUAUGCAGCCCAACCCAUUGCCCCCAUCACUUAUGGUGGCCAUCGUCCAACGCCUGUCUAAGGACAUCAAAAAGCUCAAGGAUCCCCAACUGGAAUUUUUGUUUUACCUAGUGUACGUGUUGGACAAAAUGGCUCUGGACGAGGAAGAGAAGCAGCGCAUAGCGGAGCAGCUGAAGGAGUCUAGAACCGUCAUCUCUGACUUCAAGGAAAAUGCACCCGAAGAAGCCGAUCAUCUAAUGUUGUCACUGAUCAUUGGUCAGCUGAACGCGUUAAUUGGCUGAGAGCCAUAUAAUAUGUUUAAAACAAAAAAUACAAGUCAUUUGUCCAUUUUAUGUCAUUAAAACAGUUUUA